AUGGGGGUCACAGACCCGGCGGGGAGCUGGGCUCCACUGCCCUGUGCCCUUGACUUCACUUCAGGAGGCCUAAAAGAGGCCGAGGGGGGAGAAGAUGGUUGUCUGGUACCUUCUCCAGCUGAGUUCUCCCUCCAGCAGAACCAGCAAACCCUCCCGGCCAUGAAGCUGUUUAUCUUGGCCAUCGCCUUCUGCCUGGCUCUCUCCCGCCCAGGCACGGCUGAACCGGACCGAAUUCUCCCGUCUCGUUCUGAUUUUUUGGUGUUCAGGACUCACCACACCUUCCAUGCUCCCCAUGACGAUCGGUGCAGUAUACUCGAGUUUGAUGCAGUCACAGUGAACGAUGAAGGAGAGCUCUAUUUCUUCAAGGAUGACAAACUGUACAAGGGCUUCUAUGCUGAAGCUGAGCUUUCAAACAAGACCUUCAUUGAGCUGGACGACCAACACCACAUAGGCCACGUGGACGCUGCUUUCCAUAUGCACCAUCAUGACCAUCACGACCAGCAUGACCACCAGUUCUUCUUCUUGGACAACAAGGUCUUCUCCUAUGACGAGCACAAGCUGGAGAAGGGCUAUCCCAAAGAUAUCUCGGAGGUGUUCCCUGGCAUCCCGGACCACUUGGAUGCUGCAGUAGAAUGCCCCAAGCCAGACUGCCCUUCUGACUCAGUCCUCUUCUUCAAAGGUCAAAAGAUCUACCACUAUGACAUAAAAACCAAGAAGGUUGAUGAGACAGAAUUGAAAAGCAUGCCCAACUGCACUUCUGCAUUCCGGUACAUGGGACACUACUAUUGCCUUCAUGGACACCACUUCUCCAUGUUUGACCCCAUUAACGUGGAGGUCCAUGGAAAAUAUCCCAAGGAUAUUCGUGGUUACUUCAUCAGAUGUCACCACUUUGAUGACAAUACUGUUGAUGAGCAUAUUGAGAGAGAGCGGUGUAGCCGUGUACACCUGGACAGCAUCACUGAAGAGGAAGAUGGUGAUCUGUUUGCUUUCAGAGACCACCACUUCCUCAGUGUCAUUAAUCAUACAUUCCACUCUGACAAAAUUCAGAUUGUCUUCAAAGGUCUGCACAGUGAUGUGGAUGCUGCCUACUCUCAUGAGGGUCACAUCCAUGUCAUCAAGGGUGAUAUGGUGUAUGCCCAUAAAGUGUCACACACACCCGGAGAUACAUUUGAGCCAUUGGAUGGCUACCCUGUACCUCUGAAGGAGGAACUGGGCAUUGAAAGUCCUGUCGAUGCUGCCUUUAUUUGCCCUGGCAAAGACAUCGUUUAUGUCAUCAAAGGUAAAGAGCUCUAUGAAGUGGACCUGAAAGUCAAGCCACCAGUCCCGGGAAAGCCUAAACCCUUCACCACCUUUAAGAAGAUUGAUACUGCCAUGUGCGGAACCAAGGGUGUGACAGUCGUGAUUGGAAGCCAUUUCUACCACUUUGGAAGCCCCAUGCUGAUGUUGGCUUCCAAGGCCAUUCCUGUGAAACAUGAUGUGGCCAAGGAACUGUUUGGCUGUGACCACUAUAUACCUCCGAAACAAAGGAGAGCAUCAAGCAUGUCAGAGAUGUUGCUGAGGAAACCCAGUGCGAUUGAUGGAAUGAGUAGUAGUCUGAGCACAAAGUAUGAGGACAAGGUGCACCCCUGCAUCGACCUUGUGGAUUCGCUUAGGUCGCUAGGAGUGGAGAAGGACCUGAACCUGUCUGCCAUCGCCAGCAUAGGAAUCUCGCAGAGGAAGAAGGAACCUCAAUUCCUUCAAAACUUGAGAAAGUCUGGGAAGAACUCAAGAUUCCCAGCACUUCCGGAAGCCACCGCAGGAAGUCACGGUGGCAAGUCAACAAGCAGAUUCCUUGUUGAAGGCCAGCGCUACAGCCAGACUGUGUUCCCCUCACUGGUCAGAGAACCAGGACACAAGAGCAGUGCUCAGGUCAUGGGUGUGAAGGAUGCUCACACUCCGACAGCUCCACCCGUCUCAGGGAAAGCCGCCCUCCACACAACGGCCCCCAGCAAACCAAAAUUCCCCAAGUCUGGCACAACCCAACAUGUCCUCCACAAGCAUGUGAGGGAAGUGCCAACAAAGGUGGAGGUGGGGAAUGAGGACAGAAUGAGUUGUGGCCCAAAGCUGGCUGAUUCCCUGCUCAUCAGGCGUGCUGUCUUGAAUAAGGCAGGGAGCAGAGCUGUGGGCUCAACUCCAACGCACCCCUCACAGGUGCCACAGAUCAGCCAGGACCGCGUGCCCCUGGUCUGCCAGGCUGAGGGCAAACCCAAGAGGGAGGACAAGUGCCAGGCUGGCAAGGCUAGGGACUGGAGCCCUAGGGACAAUGGAACACAUGUUGUGAAGGUCAUCAAUCCGGACAUGCAGAGCCAUGCUCCACUUCGAUCUACAGCCUUCAAGGCACACAGGGGAACAAAGGCACUCAGGUUCCCCUGA